AUGGCAAAAGUUGGUGAUACCGAGAUGACUGUACCACCCUACGGUGAUGCUACCGCACAAGAACCGAGAUGUAAUACCAAAGUGUCAACGAGAUGUCCAGAGUUCUGUCAACUCAUCGGUAAACGAGAGACAAAGACAACGGAAUUGUCGAAGCGGGAGAGAGAUUUGCGCAGACGUUUGGAAAUGCUUGAGUGUUGGAUGCCAGCUGUUACCAUGAUGGGAAUGAUGACGAGAGACAUCAAGGCUGAUGAGAUAGCUGGAGUGAUAGAUAAACAGGUGGCUGGAAUGACGUUGUCUUGUUUAUGUCCGAAUUCAACGCUGAGUCAACACCGGGAUGUGAGGAUACGCGAGGUAGAGGGAAAACGCAAGAAGGCGAUGAUGAGGUUUGAGGAGGCGAGAAAAUUGCUCAAUGAGAAGCAGACAGCCGUUGAUAGGCAGAAUGAGAGGAUCGAAGAGGCGAGGAGAACAAGGGUGAUGAUGGAGGAGAGGGUCAAGCUGCUGGAGGCUAAGGUAUCGAGAUAUGAUAAUUUGGGAAGAGCAACUAGUGCGGAGUCUGUAGCGUCUAUCGGUCCCGAUGAGCUGAUGUACCUGACGAAGCUUGAAGAGCUCGUCAAGGCUGAGGCUGCCAGUAAGAAGCAGCUGGAGGAGUUGGAGAAGAGGCAGGAGAUGUAUGUGAAGGCGUUGGAGGCUGCAUCUCAGAUUUGGAAUGAUGAGGAGCGACAGGAGAGCAUUGCGUCACGAGAGGAUGGUUUGAAGAGCCAAUUGCAGGUGAAGUCUUUGGCUAAUCAGCAGUUGGCGGACAGGAUCUGCCAGUUGGAGGAUCAGGUCGAGAGCCUUAAGAGCAAACUCAUCAGUUGCAAUGAUGAACUCAAGACGUACACCGAGAGGAAGUCCGCGGAGGCGAUGAUGGGAACCGAUCUGACGUACAGGGAUGUUGAGGUGUCCAUUGCACCGGUUUUGAAGGAUGUUUCCGUAAUUUAUGAUGAAGUCACCGUCAGCGGGGAGAAGUCCCCGGAGGCUGUCCUUGGACCGGACGGUGAAUCCAGACAUCUUGACUUGUCGGGUGUUACUUUCAGGGAAGUCUCAAUGAUUUAUGAUAUCAAUUUCACCGUUGAUGAAGAGGUUCAUGCUGUCGCUGCAACAGAGUCAAAAGAGACUUCUGCUGUUAUCGAAUUUACUGAGCGAGCCGUUCAAGAGGAUAUUGUUCAACCGCAGUACGACGAUGCUGAAACAGCUACUGAUGGUAUGCAAUUCGUUUCUCUCAUGGCUGCUGAUGCUACUGAUGCUACUGAUGGUGCUGAUGCUGACUGGCAACAGUCAGCUGUUGACGGUAUGCAAUUUGUUUCUCUCAUGGCUGCUGAUGCUACUGAUGCUGCUGAUGCUGACUCCCAACAGUCAGCAACGCAUGGUAUGCAAUUUGUUUCUCUCAUGGCUGCUGAUACUACUGAUGCUGCUGAUGCUGAUUGGCAGCAGUCAGCUGCUGGUGACAUGCAAUUUGUUUCUCUCAUGGAGGACUAG